ACGUUGACGUUCAUAAUAGUUCAAUUCCUUCAACAACUCUGAUAAAAUAUUAUCCUAAUUAUUCCAAAUUUUCCAAGUAUAAUCUCACCAUAAAAUCGAACAGUGUAAAGAUUCAAGCUCUAUAAAUUGGAAGCAAAAUACAAUGUCGUCGACUCAUAUAUUCAACGUAGAAAUGACUUGCGAAGGCUGCUCUGGAGCAGUGGAGAGAGUCCUCAACAGGCUCAAGGGCCAAGGGGUAGACACUGUGGCCAUUAGCUUACCAGAACAGAAGGUUUCUGUAACCUCAACCCUUAGUGCAGAUCAGCUACUAGAAGUCAUUAAAAAAACGGGCAAAAAGACUACAUAUGUUGGAACACAGUAACUGCAAAUAAUCAGAACCAUAAAACACAACUGCCUAGAU